UGACGUAUUUUGGUGGCCACAACCAGCCGAUUCUGUUAAAGCUUUGUCAAUGUCUUGUGCUCAUAAAAGGAGUUCUGAUAACACGGGUACUGACACUGCAGCAGUUGAUCUAAUAUGUCAGCGGCAACUCCACCUAGCGAGCAUCCGUAUACCGGUGAAGAGUAUGGACCGAUCACGGAGAGUUACCUCACCGGACCAAACUUUACAGCUAAUUUCACUGUGGACUUCGGAAACUUCACAAUAAAUGCACCAAGAUUGGAUCCAAGAACUGAGGCAAUGAAAAAGGGAAACGACAUCAUGAUGAUGACUGUGUUAGUGAUCAUCAUGGUUGGUAUGGGCUGCACCAUAGUCCCGAGGGACCUGUUAAAGCCUGUACGUCGCCCCUUGCCAAUGGUAGUAUGUUUCUUCGCCCAGUUUGUUGUCAUGCCUCUUCUAACUUUCGGGCUUUGUCACGCCCUGGGCACGUCUCCCAAUCAGUCGCUGGGCGCCAUAGUUAUAGCAUCGUCGCCAGGUGGUCCGGCUGCAAAUUUAUUCACCUUAGUUUCUGGUGGUGACAUUGCAUUAAGUCUAUUUUUAGCAUGUGCUUCAACCCUUAUAUCAAUGGGACUACUGCCGUUAUGUAUGUUCAUCUUCACAAGAAGUUGGACUUCAGACAACGCCGUCAUACCUUUUAAAAACAUCGCUAUUGCUCUCAUCUUCGUUACAGCGCCACCAAUAUUCGGGAUGUUAUUACGAUGGAAGAGUUUAAAGUGGUCGAUGAUUUAUGGCAAGAUUGCUGGCAUCAUAGGCAUGGUCGGAAUAGUAGUAAACGUGAUUCUUAUGUGCCUAAUUAGUCCAGGCACUUUAGUGAGUUCGUGGGAAUCUUAUAUAAUUGGAGUUGGACUACCAAUGGUCGCCUUCGCCUCGGGAUACUUCGGAUGCCGGGUACUGAAACAAAAAAACUCUGUACGCAACGCAGUUGGUUUUAACGCGUGUAUGAAGAACGUGCCAGUGACGGUUACAUUGAUAUCACUGUCUUUCGGGACUGCCGAAUUUGGCGAACUGAUGACGAUACCGCUUAUUUACGGAAUCUCUAGUCUCGGACUCGGCAUGGUGUUGAGCGUCAUAAUCAAGAGGGUUUGCCCACCGGCAACGAGUGAGAAAGAGAAACUAGAAGAACAUUACGACACAGAAGAUGAAACGGUGCUUAUUUUCGAGUGGAUUACAGUCAUGUGA